GAUAGCAGGGACGGGCAGACAGGUGUUUGGGAAUUCGGGAGUCUCCGUCUCACUGACACCUUGGAAGCUUCAUCUGCUGCGUCUCUGGAACAAUGAAGACCUGGCUCCUUCUCAUCACAGCAGGAAUUGCCGGCAGCUUGGCCUCUGGCACUGCUGAGGAUAAAGAGGAAACAGAGACAGCACAUGCCAGCUCUGCCGGCCUGUACACAGAUCCCGACUCCUGCAGGGGGCGCUGCCACGAGCCGUACAACAAGCAGGAUGAGUGUCACUGUAAUACCAAGUGUGAAAAACAUCGCAACUGCUGUGAAGAUUACCAUAUGCACUGCAGUAAGGAUGGGAGACAGACGGACCCCAUGGCAGGGCCUGCAGACUCCAUGGAGGGAUUCUCCAGCAGUCACGACUCCAUCACCAACGAGGAGCUUCUGAGCAUCUCCGAGCAGCUUUUCAAGGUGGACCACAACAAAGCCCAGAAGUCAGACAUCACCAUUAACCCGCAGCAUCUCACCUCUUCCGCCGAGACCAGAGACAAAGAGGAUCGUUCUCCUGAGCCACUCUACACGUACGUCAAUGAGAAGCUCUUCUCCAAACCCACCUAUGCCAGCUUCAUUAAGCUGCUGGAUAAUUACCAACGGAUGAUGGGCCGGGGGGAAGCCUUCAGUGCCGAGCAGCUGAAGGAGCAGGAGAACUUCCUGCAGGAGGUCAUGAAAACGGAGCUCAUGAAACAGCUUUACAGGUUCCUGCACAAGAAAAAGCGCUACAGCACCCAGGAGGAGUUUGUCAGCGACCUGAAGGAGAUGUGGUUUGGCCUUUACUCCAGAGGCAAGGAUGAGGGGGAUUCCAGCGGCUUUGAGCACGUCUUUUCAGGGGAAGUCAAAAAAGGAAAAGUGUCCGGAUUCCACAACUGGAUUCGUUUCUACCUUCUGGAGAAGCAGGGGCUGGUUGACUACCACAGCCAUAACUACGACGGGCCUUGGGACUCAUACCCUGACGUGCUGGGGCUGCAAUUCAGCUGGGAUGGCUAUAUCAAGGAGGUGGGCUCUGCCUUCAUUGGCUGCAGCCCUGAGUUUGAAUUUGGCCUCUACACUUUGUGCUUCAUUGCUCGGCCGGGGAAGAUGUGCCGGCUGAGCUUGGGAGGCCAUCAGCUGGGCAUUAAGACCUACACCUGGACCAAAUCCACCUACGGCAACGACAGGAAGUAUAUAGCGACUGCCUACGUGACAUCAUCCUGAUGCUGCCAACGAUCCCAGCUGCGGGGAGGCACAGGGAGGGGGAAGGGUGGUGGUGACCUCCUGGGAGCAUACAGCUGCACCAGGAAACUUGGGCUCAUAGAGGGGGCACAGACCGGCCAGGCCUAGGCCCUGCGUUGGUGGGGUUAAAUGAUCUUGCUGCAUAUGCAUUAUGUUUGCGUGGUGCUGAAGGAAGCUGCGGCCCUCUGAGACACCUGCACAAUGAAGGAAGGAAGGAAGAAAGGAAAUAUGAACUGUCUGUAGCCCCGAAGAAGCUCCCGGUUCCCUUCCCAAGCAUGUGUCCCUCGUCCAGCAGAAGAGUGAUAAGAAGUGUCGAGUGUCUAAUGGGAAUGAAUGCAGACAAGUUAAA